UGCCAACCUGCAGGCUGGAUGCAUCUUCCCUUGUCUGUUAUCACUGCUGUGAACCCAAGCAGGCUGGAUCUCUAGAAAGCAGAAGGACACCCAUGUUGACGUUCAUUCCCAACUUUCCAUAACAUGUGCUGGAAGCAGCAAGGGGUGGGCACCACACCUUGGCCGUGGGGCCGGGACUAGAACAACCUAUCUGGCAUGGGCUAGAAGCACCUUCAGCUCACUUUCUGGAGACUGUGACCACCCUACAACAGUGAUGACCUGGAGGAAUUCUCAGCUCAGAAUUCCAGGGAAGAUGAGUUGAGUGUUAAGUCCAAGAAAGAGGCAGUGUCCAGAAUAGAGACAGCUCAGGAUUUGAAAUCAAACUGGGUUCAAAUCCCAGUCUACCCUCUUCUUAGCUGUGUGACUUUAGAUGCAUCAAAGACAGUGGGACCACCUGGGCACCCUGAAAGGAAAGCCUACCAAUUCUAGCUGCAGCCUCAUCACUCUUCUCAAGACACCAUCCCAGGAAGCCACUACCAAUCAAUGAUAAUUGGCAUGUGAGAUGAAAAUUAUUUGCCAUCCCAUGCAGGCUUUUUGCCAUAGUUCAGCUGUUCUUCCUGCAGCUAAAGUGCAUUGUGUAAAACAUGGGGGAUGUGAAUCAUCGGUGGCCUCAGACUUCAUUCUGGUGGGCCUCUUCAGUCACUCAGGAUCACGCCAGCUCCUCUUCUCCCUGGUGGCUGUCAUGUUUGUCAUAGGUCUUCUGGGCAACACCGUUCUUCUCUUCUUGAUCUGCGUGGACUCCUGGCUCCACAUGCCCAUGUGCUUCCUGCUCAGCCAGCUCUCCCUGUUUGACAUUGGCUGUCCCAUGGUCACCAUCCCCAAGAUGGCACCAGACUUUCUGCGGGGAGAAGGUGCCAUCUCCUAUGGAGGUUGUGCAGCUCAAAUAUUCUUCCUCACACUGAUGGGUGUGGCUGAGGGCAUCCUGUUGGUCCUCAUGUCUCAUGACCGUUAUGUCGCUGUGUGCCAGCCCCUGCAGUAUCCUGUACUUAUGAGAUGCCAGGUGUGUCUGCUGAUGAUGGGCUCCUCCUGGGUGGUAGGUGUGCUCAACGCCUCCAUCCAGACCUCCAUCACCCUGCAUUUUCCCUACUGUGCCUCCCGUAUUGUGGAUCACUUCUUCUGUGAGGUGCCAGUGCUUCUGAAGCUCUCCUGUGCAGAUACCUCUGCCUAUGAGAUGGCGCUGUCCACCUCGGGGGUGCUGAUCCUAAUGCUCCCUCUUUCCCUCAUCGCCACCUCCUACGGCCACAUGUUGCAGGCUGUUCUAAGCAUGCGCUCAGAGGAGGCCAGACACAAGGCUGUCACCACCUGCUCCUUGCACAUCACGGUAGUGGAGCUGUUUUAUGAUGCGGCUGUGUUCAUGUACAUGGUGCCUGGCGCCUACCACAGUCCACAGCAGGAUAACGUGGUUUCCCUCUUCUAUAGCCUUGUCACCCCUACACUCAACCCCCUUAUCUACAGUCUGAGGAACCGGAAGGUGUGGAUGGCUUUGGUCAAAGUGCUUAGCAGAGCUGGACUCAGGCAAAUGUGCUGACUACAUAGAAACUGCUGGUGAGAUUCCAGCGGUCCUCGAUCCCACCCACCUUCCCAAAGUAUGCAUUUGGCAUUCAAUUGCCAAUUUGUGCAACUGGCCAAAUAUCCAGCCAUUGCACAAGGUGCAACUUUUUCAGAAAAUGUCUGCCUUUUAAAUUGAGGCAGAAUACACGUAACAUAAAAUGAGC